AUGGGGCCGUGGGCCUUUCCGCGGCUCCUGCUCGUUCUACUAGCGCGCUGGGCCUCCGUGAGCGCCCAGGCCGGGACCAUCCCGGCCGGGACCACCCCGGUGGUAGCGACGGAGGGCCUCAACUCCACCAAACCAGUCCCGACGACUCUCCGACCUGUUUUAUCUUCUAAGUCCCCUGAGAUCCCCAGGGCUUCCAGGCCCUUCUCCGGCCCCAGACCCGCCCCGAUCACAGACGUUGCUGCUCUGUGUGUCUGUGACUUGUCUCCAGCACAGUGUGAUGUCAACUGCUGUUGUGAUCCUGAUUGCAGCUCCGUGGAUUUCAGUGUCUUUUCUGCCUGCUCAAUUCCAGUUGUCACGGGUGAUAGUCACUUUUGUAGUCAAAAAGCAGCUGUCUAUUCAUUGAAUUUAACAGCAGACCCACCUCAGAGAGUAUUUAAACUUGUCGACCAGAUCAACCCAUCUAUUUUCUGUGUUCAUAUUACAAACUAUAAACCUGCAUUAUCCUUUAUUAAUCCAGAAGUGACUGAUGAAAGCAGUUUUGAUAAAUUGAUGAAAGCACCUGAUGGUUUUUCACUGAAUGCAGAAUCAGAUGUUUCAACCAGACUGGGUGCUCCCCAAACUGCAAAAUAUGAGUAUGGGGUUCAUCUGCAGACUUCAGAUUCUUUUUUGAGAUUUCCAUCUCCCCUUACAUCAUCUCUGUGCACUGAUAAUAACCCUGCAGCAUUUCUGGUUAACCAAGCUGUUAAGUGCACCAGGAGGAUAAAUCUGGAAUAUUGUGAAGAAAUGGAAACCCUGAGCAUGGCUUAUUACAGCAGCCCUAGAAUUUUGAGGGUGCCUGGUUCAGGAAUAGAGGUCCCUAUCACAGUUCAGUCCAUCGUCAUUCGAUCUCUAAAUAAAACACUAACCCGACUGGAAGACACGGAAAUACUGAGGGUAUCAAAGCAGGGUGUUGUUGAGGCGGGACAUAUUGAAAUCUGCACUAACGUCGUUCUUGAGGUGACAUACAGCCUCACAUAUACAGACGCAGGUGAGGUAAUAAAAGCUGAUCUCUUUCUUCUUCUGGGAGCAGUGAGCAGUGCAAUGGUUCCACUCCAGCAAAAGUUUGAAAUUUAUUUUAUUCAGCAAAACACAAAGCCAGUUCCUCUAAGUGGAAACCCUGGUUAUGUGGUGGGGCUCCCGUUAGUUGCCGGAUUCCAGCCUCAGAAGGGGUCUGGGAUCAUUCAGACCACGAAUAGAUAUGGACAAUUUACUCUUCUUCGUAGCACAACUGAGCAAGACUGCUUAGCAGUAGAGGGGAUCCGGGCCCCGGUAUUAUUUGGUUACAACAUGCAGUCUGGCUGUAAACUCAGACUGACCAAAGCUCUCACAUGUCAGCUGGUGGCGCAGAAGAUGAAGAGCCUGCUAAAGGGUCAGGGCUUCCCAGACUAUGUGGCCCCUUUUGGAAAUUCCCAGGCCCAGGAUGUGCUGGACUGGGUGCCCGUCUAUUUCAUCACCCAGACGUCACAUGUGAAGGAUUCCUGCCAGCUCCCAGUGGCUUUGAUGGUAGAAGUGAAGUGGACUAAAUACGGAUCCUUAUUGAACCCACAGGCCAAAAUAGUCAAUGUAACUGCAAAUCUAAUUUCAUCUUCCCUUCCUGAGACCAACUCAGGAAAUGAAAGGACGAUUCUUAUUUCCACUGCGGUUACUUUUGUGGAUGUGUCUGCCCCUGCAGAGGCAGGCUUCAGAGCUCGGCCAACCAUCAACGCCAGGCUGCCCUUUAAUUUCUUCUUCCCAUUUGUUUGAUAGUGCUCAUAUGAAAGGAUGUACUGAUCCCUCAAUAUACAUGUGAAAAGUGAAAACUGUGCGUUUGAUGAGAUUAAAUUUUAUAUACAG